AUGAAGCUCAUCAUCCUGGAAAACUAUUUGCAGGCCAGCGAGUGGGCAGCCAAAUACAUCAGGAACCGCAUUAUCCAGUUUCAUCCAGGGCCAGACAAGUACUUCACCCUGGGUCUCCCCACUGGGAGCACCCCACUUGGCUGUUACAAGAAACUAAUUGAGUACUAUAAGAAUGGAGACCUGUCCUUUAAAUAUGUGAAGACCUUCAAUAUGGACGAGUAUGUGGGCCUUCCUCGAGAGCACCCAGAGAGCUACCACUCCUUCAUGUGGAACAACUUCUUCAAGCACAUUGACAUCCAACCAGAAAACACCCACAUUCUGGAUGGGAAUGCUGCAGACUUGCAGGCUGAAUGUGAUGCCUUUGAGAAGAAGAUCAAUGCUGCAGGGGGUAUUGAGCUGUUUGUCGGAGGUAUCGGGCCCGAUGGACACAUUGCCUUCAAUGAACCGGGCUCCAGUCUAGUGUCUAGGACUCGUGUGAAGACACUGGCCAUGGACACCAUCCUGGCCAAUGCUAGGUUCUUUGAUGGUGAUCUUGCCAAGGUGCCCACUAUGGCCCUGACAGUGGGUGUGGGCACUGUCAUGGAUGCUAGAGAGGUGAUGAUCCUCAUCACAGGUGCUCACAAGGCAUUUGCUCUGUACAAGGCCAUUGAGGAGGGAGUGAACCAUAUGUGGACUGUGUCUGCCUUCCAGCAGCAUCCCCGCUCUGUGUUUGUAUGUGAUGAGGAUGCCACCUUGGAGCUAAAAGUGAAGACUGUCAAGUAUUUCAAAGGUUUAAUGCUUGUUCAUAAUAAAUUGGUGGACCCUCUGUACAGUAUCAAGGAGAAAGAAAUUGAGAAAAGCCAGCCUUCUAAGAAACUGUACAGCGAUUAGCCUGCAUUGGAAACUAGUAUCAAGUACCUCAUAGGGACAGGCAGGUUCUUCUGAAAAUUGUCUUUCAAAUGGAAUUCUUAAUUCAGAAUGUUUUCCACAGAUAAAUACAUGACCUUAUGGUUCUUGUCUGUGAGACGUGGAGCCUAGUCAGGGAGUUUAGCUAUAGUGAAAAUGACUUGUUUGUAACUUAAUUAGAAAAAAAAAAAAUCUAUGAAAAGUGUAUUCCAUCAUGUUAGUGUCUGCCACACCUAAGUUAGUUUUUUUAGCUUUUGAUCUGCCUCAGCCAGUUUUCACAAGUACAACACACUCCCAUCAGGAAUUUCUUUCUACAUGUGCACUUGUGGGCAGGAUUCAGGGGCUUGUGUAUUUUGGAGUAAGUUCUUUGAAGGACUGUGAGUGCUCCUCUUGAGCAGGCCUGCUCUUUAGUUAAGAUUUGUUCCAGAUUAAGGAACAAACUCUUUCAGUACCCUAAUUGUAUACAAGGAAGCUGUCCCUCCGGUGAGUACCCAGUACUGCAGGAAGAAUGUUGUUCCUUGUUCCCUUUCCCUGACUGGUUCUUUCUGUUCUGCUCUCACAGCUGGCCUUCCCACAAUCUAGGAGGCCUCUGUGGGGGAGCAUUUGGGUAGGCGAGGAAAAGCCUUCAAGGUACCCAACCAUCACACCAAACAGUUUUUCUUCCUAUGGAUCCUGGGACACUUUCCCCACAGAUUUGUGUUUUGUUAAAGGUCUCCUUUGUAGUUAUCAGUAAGAGGAGAUGUAAUGGAGCAACACACUGCCACGGUUUCAGUAUUCAGCCAGGGUGACAGGCUGGCAAGCAGUUGGCUGAACACAAGUGCCAUGCUCGCCUUUCCUGCUUCCUAUAGAGUUGAGUGCCAAGGCCACACUCCAAAUGCUUCUAUUAUUGUUUCUCCACUUAAAGUAUCCCAUGCCUUUUCAGGUCCAUAUUGUGUGGACCUUUCUGAAUGUCAGGAAAUACAACCUUCCUUCAGCCCUUGUUCCUAACAUGGUUCACUGCUCUGCCUUCCUUUUACCCUGUAAGUCUUUGUGGAGUGGUUGCUGCCUCCUCUCUGUUUUUGUGCCUGUUUGAAGCUACUGCUGCCUAUUUCUAGGAAAGGUUUUUCCAGGCCUCUCUAAGUACUGUUUGGUACCAGCAUUUUGUCGUUAGCUUUUAUACACAAUUGUGAUGUUCUGUGUUAAACUAAUGGUUUCAAUGAGUUUGUUUACAAGGUGAAAUUUUGUAUUAAAUUCAGUAUUUUCAAAUGAAA